AAGAAGGGAGGGACAGAGGUUAGGAGGGAGACUCGGAACAGCGCAGGCGAGCUGAGGCUGUUCUCUUCAAACAGAUAAGGCGGACUAGCCCGGAGACUGCAGCCCUCUGUCUCCCUCCUAUCGGCGCAGACGUAAAAGCACCAUCAUCAAGCACAGGAAAAUACAUGCUGUAGUGGCCUAACGCAGUUGGGACUACAGAUAGAUUACAUGCACCAUUCUCUCUAGCUUUUUCAAGACCAGAUAAAAGUGCAUCAUGGAUUUUGUAAUGAAGCAAGCACUGGGAGGGGCCACCAAAGACAUGGGGAAAAUGUUAGGUGGAGAAGAAGAAAAAGACCCAGAUGCCCAGAAGAAAGAAGAGGAGAGGCAGGAGGCACUGCGGCAACAAGAGGAGGAGAGGAAGGCUAAGCAUGCUCGCAUGGAGGCAGAAAGAGAAAAGGUCAGACAGAGCAUCAGAGAUAAGUAUGGACUGAAGAAAAAGGAGGAGAAGGAAGCUGAGGAGAAAGCAGCCAUGGAGCAAGCCUGCGAAGGCUCACUAACUCGCCCGAAAAAGGCCAUUCCUGCAGGGUGUGGGGAUGACGAUGACGAUGACGAGGAGAGCAUUUUAGACACAGUCCUGAAAUUUUUGCCAGGACCUCUUCAGGACAUGUUUAAAAAGUAAUGGACAUGAGACUGUAUUUGGGGGCUGCUGGGAGGUUUUCUUUUGCGGGGAAGGGAUGUAGUUUGAGACAGGGGAUCUUGCCAACUGUGGAAGGCUUUUCACUGCCUCAACAAAGUCUUAGUUAUUAUUUCUACUGAUAAAAACAACCCAUUCCCCUACAAAGCUGGUCUUGUCACUGCCAUUCAGGUUCAAAUUGUUUAUACGUUAAAGAUUUUUUCUAUUGGUUAACUUAUGUACAACCAUGGCUUCAUACUCUGAAAAAAUGGGCCAUUGGGAUUCAUUAUAAAGGAAGCAAAGGAAUACAGUCCAUGCAGUUGACACUAGAGAACAGCAAUUUAAGCAUGAUGCCUUCAGACGACUUUCAACAUAUUUUAGUUGAAGCGGGGUUUUUUUGGUUCUUGUAAAGAAAGGACUGAAAAAGAUUUCUUUCUCUUGAAUGACAGAUCUUGAAUAAUUAAGGUCAACAUGUCACAAGUGGUCAAUUAUUUGGGUUUGGUGUUGCCAUAUUUAGACCUAAGAGAGAACAUGAUUGUGUCUAUACUGCCAUUCUAGACAACCUGAAUGCUCAAAGCCUAUUUGUCACUUCUUGGAUACUCUUUUUCCUUUUUUAAAAAAAAAAAAAAAUAGUUGUCUUUUACUGUGUGACAGAAGUAAUAGUCAUUGUUUAACAUUUGAAAGAGAAGUAAUAUGAACAUGAGUCCUGCCAGCAUAAGUUUAGGAAAGGAAAGCAUAUAGGUUUGCACUGGAUAAAAAAUAAAAAUAAAACACUGCCACAUUUUAGCCAACCAAUUAUAUCAGUGACCAAAUCUUUUCUAUGAAGUAAAACGUGUUGCAUAAAAUGAUAAUGCAUAAACGUAUUAUACCUGUAUUUGUAAUCCAGCCUGAAAAGCACUACACUGAUGGGAGUUAGAUUUUCCGAAAAAAUGAGCAACUGAUUUCUUUUUGUCCCAAAAGGCAAUCAAAUACAACCAUUGUAGCCCAGUAAAAAGGCAGCAAUAUUAAAACUUCAAGUAUGAAAUAGGCCUGCUAGUUAAUGGGCAUCUAUUUUUAGAAAAAAUGUUUUUUAUUCAAGCCUUGACCAGACUCAAAAAUCUUGACAGAAGGUGUCUAGGAAAAUGUUUAGAUUUGCAUUCAAAAUCAAUAGACCAAAGAAAUUUCGAAAUUUCUGUAAACAAGUCCAAGUCUGCCAAGGUCUGGUUUUCAUAUUUGGCCUUCAAAUAAGAAUUCAAGGCACGAAUCAAUGAAACAAAAUCAGUGGAAACCAGAUAUAAUUCUACAGUCUAGCUCCCUGACAACUAUACUGUCUAAUACUGCCAAGAUCUUAUGCUAAUUUCCAUAUCCAUAUAUAGAUAGCUAUCUUUCUAUUUAUCUAUAGCUAUAGUUAUCUACUAGCUAUAGCCAAUCGAUCUAACAAGAAACUUUUUUUGUUUGUUUUGUUUUGUUUUGUUUACAUUUUAAUGACUGUGUAAUUCUUUACAUAAAACAUCACUACAUUAUGAAGAUGGCAAAUAGUCUUUGGUAAAAUACUUAAAGGGUUAACUGGUAUAAUUUGAAUGUAAAGUAAAACAUUUUUAUUUCAUUUUCUUAACAUUUCAUACUGUUUAGAAAAUAUGGACUUUUAUAAGGAGACAUUUUGAGGGGUUGUGUAUAUAUAUGAGUACUCCUCUAAUAUUGACAAAGGAUUUAAAAAAAAUACUCAUCAGGUGAGAACCUGGGCUGAGCAAUGUAUAAAGGUAAUACAGUAUAUUAAAACCUUUAACUAUUGUUAGUCAGGCAAGGAUGGUAGUUAUAGUUAGCAGCUGUAGAUUUACUGUGAGUAUUUAAACACAAUUUACAAAACUCCCUGAGCCACUCAUUAAAUUGACAGAUUUAAUAACACAACAUAUUAGAAGUAAAUAUUGACAGUAGUUUUAGGUCAAAUCCAGAAGGUGAGUUUUCUAUUUUGAAUAGAGAGAAAGAUAGGGUGAACUUUUUUUCUAGUGCUGAACGUUUUUUCACUAGUUAAAGCCAUAUUGUUUAGACUGCAAUAAUUAUUGAAAAUAUGUAGGUAAACAAUUUUCAGUCAUGCAUUCAUUUCCUGUAAAAUUGUAGAAGUUUGUGGAUGCUUUGUGUAUCCACCGUUCUUAUGUGUAAUCUCUGACAUCAUGUAUGUGAAACUGUGUAUAUACCUAGGUAUAUAUGCAAACAUUUCUAAAAUGAUAAUGUACUAAAAGCCAUUGUUAAUGUCUACUGUAUGUACUACGACUUUCUCUACGUGAAUGUGUAUAUGUGUCUGUGCUCGUCUAUAAUGUAUGACAUGUUGUUAGUUCAUGUACUAUUGAUGCUGUGGGUGUUUCAUAAUUGAAUGUGCACAAGUCUCAUUGUCUCAGAGACAGCACAAUGUCUGACUUGCAUGCUGUCUGAUACCAAAACACUAGGUUCAGUGCUGUUUAUAUAUAAACGUCCCUGCAACAGAAGCCGCUCAUUAGAUUGAAGAGUAAUCUUAUUCUUCUGUUAGAACAGAAAUGAAUCCCAGGCAAGUGUAUGCGAUUUACAAUACAUGGGUCAGAGUAAAAUAUACUUCUUCUUCUUUUUUUUUAACUAUACACUCUUUGAAAAAUUAGUACUGUACCUUUUGAAAAAUAGUACUGUACCUGUAGAACUGUACAUUUCCUUGUCACUGGAAUAGUACCCUCACAUCUUCAGUACCUUUAAUAUGCAUCUUUCACCUGGAAAUGUGGAUAUAUUGUACUUUUACAUAAUGAUUUAAGGUAGGCUACAUAAAGGGAGUGUAAUUAGUUUUUAUAGAAAAGCUUUUAAGGUACACUAUAUGCAGCUGUCUAGGUAAAAGGUACACACUAAUGGUACAAAAUGUGUACCCUUGAGUGUAUCACCUCAGCAACAGUGUACAGUUUAGUACUCUUUUUUUUUUCUAAGAGUGUAUGACGUUACAUACUACAUGCAGUGUGACUUAAAAAAUAAAUGAUUUCUAAAUUAUUCUGAUGAUUGUUUUGCUCACUCCAGAUUGAACACAUCUAGCUUGUUUGUAAUUAUAUAAUUAUAACAUAAUUAAUUAUGUAAUUUUAUUAUAAUUUCUAUAGAAAAAGUGGCAUUUUUCUAUUUAAAAAAACAAUUGGGUAAAAGGGCUGGAUAUGUAAAUUUGUGCUUCUACAUUUUAGAUAUCCCUGAUAGAAUUCUUCCUGUGUUAAAAAGUUUGGCACAUACAGCUUGUUUAAUUUCUGGUAGUGACAGCAUUUUUUGUUUUUUUUUGCUUUAUCAUUUCAUAUUUGAGGUCGACAGUUACUUAACUUCAUGUGUGCUUUCACUUUAAGCCUUACCGUGCUUACUAAAUGUGAUCUGUGGAAAUGAUGUUUAUGUCUAUUGGCUCUCGUGUCUGUCCAAGGCAAAUUGCAUAGAAACCACCUGUGCUAAGGGCUAUCAAUACCACACUUAUACACACGUUUCUCUUUCAUAUUGCUGUUGCCACUUCAGCAGACAAAUUCAUUUUAAAGAGGAAAAUUAGACUGCAUUUACAGGAUGGUUGGAACAUUUGUCUCAGUUUCCUGACUCUGCACUCUGAAACUUAGAGACAUUUAUACAU